AUGCCGAGGGGCAGAAAACGGGACAUCGAUUUAAUCGACACGGGCCAAGAUUCGAAAAUCAAAAAAGAUGAUCUAGCCAGCCGGCCAUCAAAUGGUUAAUUUACAAUACGAUGAUCAAAAGUUCAACAGUUGAUUUUUCAAAAUAUCCCUCUUUAGAACCAGAGACGACGUUAGACUCAGUGAACCAGAUAGAAGUGCAAAAUAUUAAAAGAAGUGAGUUCAUACUUUGCUUCAAACUGUUGAUAGUUUUAACAAAGAUACAGGAAGCGGAUGAGCAGGAAGAUGAUGGUUUUCCGAAAAGUACGACAAGUGAUUUCGUGAACAGGCCUAACCCUAAAGAGCAGAAGCCGGCAGAUGACGUCACAAAGCAACACAACAGCGCGACCGCUUCAACCUCAUCCUGCUCGGUCAGGCUUUUUUAAAUACUCAAGUUUACGGAAAACUCCGAGGAAAAUGACCGUUUUCGAUUCAGAACCAGUUCUCGCCGGCCUCUCUUGCUCCACAUGAACUUGCUCAGCGUUUUCUAUUCACCGCUGACGGUAGUCGAACGAUCCCCUAUGCACAGAACAAGGUUCGAUAAAUUUUUUGAAAUCGAAAAAAAAAAUCGAAUACAGGAACUGAUCCGAGAAUUUCUCGCUGAACGCAAGGAGAUCAAAGUGGACCAUCUGACAGAAGCGGCCCUUCUGGCUCGGGGAACCGAUAAAGAAAUGCAACUUCUCACUUUGGCCGGUUAUGGAUUGAUUGUCAGAGAAAACCCACUAAAAAUCCAAAUGCACUAAAUUUUGAAGAUAAAUCGUGAGCUAGACAGAUUAUACGACAUCGUGAAUUACAGCAGCCGGUCUAGCAAGUCUAACGGAGUGCACACGGUACUUUUUUCUAUCUUUUUGCGAUUAGGAAAAAAAUCUAAGAGAUUUGUUUGCAGACUGAAGUGUCGCUACUUCCGACGUCGCGAUUCAACCACGACGCGGUUUUGACGCUGUCGCCUCUGACCUCGCUCAUCCACGAACUGUCCGGCGAGACUUGCGACUUGGCCACCGCCGCACUCGCCGGACCUCUGCCCAAUGUUUCCACCGUCAACAGCAUCGUCACGCAGCUUGUCUCCAACGUUUUGCACAGUGUCAGUCUCUUUUCUUUCUUUUCGAAGCUUUUGUUGAGCUGUAGAAAUUCAGGUUGACGUAGUCUUUUGUAGACUCCCAUCAAUACAACCUUUGUAUUUAUUUAUUUCAAAAUGGAGUUUUGUAGAUUUUUGAUGAGCACCCGGAUAGUUUGGUUCUGACGGCAGCCACAUCGAAUACGACUUAUGUUAGACUUCAUCACGACUUCAUAUUUAAUCUUGUAGGUAAGACUAUUUGAUGUUUUCCCACACUAACUCCCAAAGUGACUUUAAAAUUUCUACUCUUUUCUGAAUUGGUGAAAGUUUGUGAGUCUCAGAUAUAAUCGCAGCCGCGACCAAUCUGCAAACGUGCGUCGCCGACGCGCAACAGCAGAUGAAACAGCGUGCCAACAUUGGAAAAAUGGUUCGCUCGCAGUCGAUCAACUUCUUGUGAGUUGUCGAAACUCAUCUGAAAAGCGACUGUUGUUCAGCGACAACAAGCGGAAGGCGUUCGUCAAGACCAACUCCAAGUCGGAGCUUCAGGCCCUUCUCCGACGAGUCCACGACCGAAAGCUGCUCGAUCCAACGGAAGGAAUCGUGUUUCCCAACGGCGAUGAGGACUCCCAAGAGUCGCAAAACAUCGAGGAUGACGAGUAG